AUGAGAGACUUAAAUCCAGCGAGUGACUGUGCCCAGGUAAUUUUAGUCUCCCUCGCAGACGUUCUUGUAGCUCUAACCCUCGCUAACUAACGUCUGCUGAAACGAGCCGCACAUUCCAUUCCCUUUGUUUUAGGAGCCAAUAAUCUGGCAGUGUUCAAAAGAGUUAGAGCCAAUUGGAAGCCGCCUUAUUGAGGGUUUAGCUACUGGGGAAAGCCCUUGCACAUGGGAAUAUAUUGUUUGGGUUGAAAUUUGUUUACUUGCGUGGAGAUAUUUUGGAAACUAUAGCCUUGAACUUCACGAUGCUUACGUAGAAUAAUAUUGUGAUCAUCUUCUCGCAUGUUCUGCAAACAACCGGCGUAUAUAAAAUGCGAAAGCUAUGCAACAGGCGCAAUUUUAAAUUUUGUUAACAAUGACAAACAAGCAAUCGGGAAACUCUAGAACGAGUAGAUCAGGAUAUGUCCAAAUGUUGCUAUUAAAUUCUUCCGAUAUGCCAUGGCUUCGACGAAAAAUUCUCAAAGAUUAAGCUCUCGUUGCAUGUAGAAAAGUAUAGCGAAGUUACAUGUAUAAACGUUUCGAAGUUUGGGCGAACUGGAAAUUCAUAUCGGCGCAAUUAAAAGUUUCUCGGGUUUUAUUUGUGUUGUGUUUACAUUCAAAAGUCAGAAGUCGUUGCUCAAACAGCAAAUUAGUUUACUUUGAAACUAAUAUUUCGCUUUCUAAGCCACAGUAUUAUAUCAAAUUUUCUGUCUUCUGAGUUCUGUUGUCUUAAAGAUAUAUAUCUGUCAAAAGUUCAAAUUUCAGCGAAAUAUAUUCUGCAUUAAUUUGAUGCUGUCGCCACUAGAUUAAUACAGUAUGCCCAUGCGAGUAUGCCAUCCUGUCCACGUUUUAAAUAUAACCGAACAUCUUUAAUAUCCGAAUCUGAUAAUUAAUGGCGCAUUUUAUUUCCUGGACAAGUAUCAAUGUCUUUUUACAUUCAAUAAAUUCAAUUUAUGUGCAAUUUUGACAAAAAUUCAACCGACGACUGCUUUCAAAAUAUAAAAAUAUUUAUGUACUAUUUAUUUCGCCCGUAAAUCACUUUCCGAAAUAUAGAAGGUUCGCUGUGAUUGGUCGAUCGGAGGGAAUGGAAUGUGCAGCUCGUUUCAGCAGACGUUAGUUAGCGAGGGUUAGAGCUAUAAGAACGUCUGCGAGGGAGACUAUUCACCCCCAAACUCACCUCAGUUUACAAAAUACUCGUUACGUCGACGUGGCAUACAACUUUGGGAUUAUUAUAAUAUAGCUAUGUUAUGUAUAUCUUAUCAGACACGACACACUGUUUGUUUUUUAGGAUCAUCUCAAGUCAGAUCAAGAUGAGACUAUGUCCGUUGAAGAGAAAGCCGCAGAAAUGAAGAUGUUCGGCAAGCUGACCAGGAAAACAUUCGAAUGGCAUCCAUCAAAACUUUUAUGUAAAAGGUUCAACAUUCCGGAACCUUAUCCGUCGUCAAGUAAAACUGGCCUUGUUUAUGAGAAAAAAGAAAAGUUUACUCUUGGCAAAUUGUUUGAAACAUCUCAAAAGGAGGAAAAUUAUGAAACAAUUUGCUUAAAUAGAACAACAAAUGUUUCCGAUAACUCAACUGCUGAAUCGGGUGAAAAAGUUAUUCUAGAGAACCUGAACACCGAAGAAAAAGUAAAAAUUAAUUCUACUCCUGGUGCGAUGGUUACCUUUGACCAGAAAGGGAGCAAAAAGCCAUCAAUGGACUUGUUUAAAGCUAUAUUUGCAAGCUCAUCGGAAGACGAGUCGGGAAAUUCUGAGGAUGAAGAGAUGAACAAUGAACAAAGCAGCCAGCUUAAGUUAACUCAAGAAACUUCAAGUGCUAACGUGGUUACUGUAUCUAAACAGCAGACAAAAACAUCUCACCCGGGUAAAUUUGAAGACACUUAUAGAGAUGGUGAUAUUGACAAACAUGUAUCUCUGCAGGCUAGUGUUGAAGACUCAAAUAAUCAAAUUGUGAAAGCUGUCCCUAAGCACAAUAACACUGAUAAAAAUGUUAUGGAAGUAGAAGAAGAGGAGUACGGUCCUAGACCACCACCACCACUGCGAUCACAAAGAGAAGAGAUUGGUGUAAAACUAGUACUCCAAUCUCAUCAAACUGUGCCAUUUUCUCGUUACGAUUCACAUAGUGAGUCAGAUAGUGAUAGGCGAAAAAGAAAACACAAAAAGAAGCAAAAGCACAAGUCGAAACACAAGAACAAAAAUAAAGACAAGGACAAGUCAACGAAAAGAGAAAAUGAUAGCCCAAGAAAAAAUGAUUGGGAAACCUCGCCAAAUUCCAGGCAGAAACCCACCACAAGUCAUGAACAAAUUGACAAAUCGGAACACAAAGAAAUUCUAGAUGACAAACAGAUACUAUCAAGACUUAAAGCUGUUCAAAAACGGCGAAAGUGUGCCGCAGAUUUUAUGUAG